GUUUCCGUUUGUUGCUGACUGUUUGGUGGUUGUGCAGGCUGUGAAUUAAACCACACCGGCGUGCAAAGAAGAAGCAGGGAGAUGUUUUGCUGUCUGAAUAUACUGCCAGUUCCACUGCAGAUCUGCAUGGGAAUGUGUCUGCAGCAGGAUGUCACAGAAGAGGGUAAAAAGGCUAAACUCCAGAGCUCUAAAAUAGAGCAAGACCUUUUCGAACAUGCCCGGACUGAGCUGAAUGUGAUGAAAAUCCUCAUGCUUGGGGCUGCAGAGAGUGGAAAGAGCACCCUGAUCAAACAGAUUAAAAUAAUCCAUAGUAACGGCUUCUCCAGACAAGAGCUCAUAAGUUUCAAGGCUGCAGUACUGGACAACCUGCUGACCUCUAUGAAGUUUGUUCUUCGAGGAAUGGGGAUGCUGAGGAUUAACCUUGCAAACAAGAAGAACAAGAUGCACGCCCGCUCCAUCCUGUCCUGCAGUCAGUGUAUUGGCGACGACCAGGAGCUGCUUCCUUUUGUGGCUCAUGCCGUCUCUGCGCUUUGGGCCGACCAGGGCGUGCGAGCAGCUGCAGCCAGGGGUUACGAGUUUGAGCUGAAUGACUCUGCACUCUAUUUCUUUGAGAACAUGAGUCGAAUCAUCGCUCCCAAAUACGUUCCCACCGAGACAGAUGUUCUAAGAGUGAGAGUGCGGACCUGUGGAAUCAUUGAGACGCAGUUUCAACUUAAUGAAAUGAUCUUUCGGUUGUAUGAUGUCGGAGGCCAGCGCAGUGAGAGGAGGAAGUGGCUCCGCUGCUUUGACUGUAUUCAGGCUGUGUUGUUUGUUGUGGCCCUCAGCAGCUAUGAUAUGACACAGACGGAGGAGCCUUCAGGGAAUCGGCUGCAGGAAAGUCUCAAACUUUUUACUUCCAUCUGCAACAAUACAGUCUUCAGUAGCUCCUCACUGAUUCUGUUUAUGAACAAAACUGAUCUUUUCCGUGACAAAAUCCUACACUCUGGAAGACACUUGAGAUUGUACCUCUCUAGUUACAAAGGAGCAGAUGGUGACGUGGAUGCUGCAGCCCACCACAUCACUGCCAUGUUCUCAUCAUGUAACAGCAGCCCUGAAAAACCCGUGUACCACCACUUCACCACCGCCACAGACACCGCUAACAUACAGGUCGUCUUCCACAUGGUCAUAGAUCAGGUUAUGAAGGAGAAUCUAGAGGCUGUCCAGCUGCUGUAAAAAUCUCCUGAAGGCUGUUAAAUUUGCAGAGAUUGUGUUUUUACUAAUUCAGCAGUGGAAAUGUAGUUACAUCAUGAUUGUUUUCCUGUAAGCAGAUGGUUUCCCCCAUUUUUAACUAAUUUAUUGAAACAGAUAAUAAGGUUCUUUUAAGAUGCACUUUCCCCAAUUU